UUACUCUAAUGAUGAGAACUGGCGGUUAUAAUACACCCAUUCAUAAGCACAUAGUAGAAGAAUUUCACUGUGCUUUCAAUGGUUCAGAAGAAUUCAUGUUUAUACAGCCAGGACAGAAAGAAUUGCAGCAUCCAUGGUCUUCAAUUGAUGUUGAUUCUGUUGAUUUAAUAAAAUACCCGGAAUUGCAGCAUAUCAAGUACGCUAGCAUAGCAUUGAACAAAGGCGACUGUAUUUAUAUACCAACAGGUUCUUAUUACAAAAUCAGUUCAACGGAUCAUUUCAAUUCAGGUAUCGUAGUAUGGUUCUCAUUUUUUACCAAGAGUCAUCAAUUUGAAGGCACUGGCUGCGAUAAAAAUGACAAUUUCAUGCCAGCAAGUGAUGUAAAUAUUACUUGGAGAUAUGAUGGAUAUGGUGAUUUGGAAACCUUGCAUUUAGAUACAAACAUAUUAAGGACGGUGUUACUGACAUCAGGUGAUGAGAAGGGUAGAGUAUGGCUGAAACAGUUCACUGAAAAUUUGAUCAAGGGUGAUGGAGAAGUCGGUGUAUAUGACAAUGAAAGGAAACAGUUUUCUGAUAUACUAGACCCUACUGGUAGAGGAUAUGUAACAGUGAAAGAAGUCAAGGCGCUAUCAAUUGAUGUGUUGAAAAAAAUGAUAUUGGCAUUUGACCACACUGAUGAUUCCAGCACGUUGGAUUACGAAUAUAGACUCAUUAAUCAUGAAGCAAUCAUCAACUUUACCAGGAUGCUGGCAUCAAAUGGACCAGAUCCCGGUUUCCAUAGUAAUGAAUUUAUUGAGCAGUAUGUAAAUCAGUUAGGAGGAACUCGUCAAAAGGCGAUGGAAAUAUUGACAGGUUUGGGUGUUGGACAAGGUGAACUGGUUACCAUGGAGAUGGUAGAGAAAAACAUCGAAAAAACAAUAGAGAAGUUUCGCAAUGCAAAACUCAAGAUACGAGCAGAUAGGAAACCAUGGUAUGAACAUUUACUAAAACAUAAAGAAAUGUUCUGAUUUGUAAUAAUUGGAAGCUUCUUCUCACUAUUGAAUGUUUUCAAAAAGAUUCCCUUAUACACAUACUUAUUUGAUAGUCUGUAACAGGCACUGUUU